AUGCAACCACGGAACGAUCUGUUACUCGAUGAGAACAUACGUCCGUGCCAUUCGGCUUUGAAUGGCCACGGCGACAUCGUUGCUGUAAGGUCUGAGGAAGACUUGAAAGUUGUUUCGAAAACAGGAGAAAGCAAGUUAGUUACAUUAACUGACCCCACAGAAGACAAAGUUAUCGAGCGUUAUAUUAAAGGACUUGCUAUUGACAACAAUAACAACGUUUAUAUUGUUAGGUGUCUUGAAACACGCGGGGAAAAUGGCGAUGGAAUUAGUUACGUUUUGAAUGUAUUGGAUGAUACAUACAAUGAAAAAAACCGUUGCACAUUGAAUUUUCUGAGGGCAACAGGUAGUGGAAUAAAAUUAGCGAUAAACAGAAACAAUGACAUCAUCAUGAUCAAAAACGAUGAUUCCUACGUGUACGUCUGUGACAAUUCUGGGGAUUUGAAAUUCAAGUUUGAACGAGAUUCAAGUCAAGUGCCCUGGUAUUCAUUCAAUAUUUCUAACGAAAAUGAUAUAAUGAUAUCAUCAGAUGAUAACCGAGCUAUUGAGUUAUAUACCGAGAAAGGAAAUGCAAUGUCGGUAAUAAAAGCACCAGUAGGUCACAAAGUUGUGGCGGUUGCAUUUCAUCAUGUCAUUUGUAAAAUAGUUGUACUGUCGUUUAACUUUCGAAGUGAUUCCUAUUUCCUUCUCGGCUACUCCAAAACAGUCGAACUGGAGACCUCAACCUUCUUCAGUAAAAGGAGUUUGGGUGAACAUAUACCUAUUAUCACAUCUCAUCCAGGGGGUCCAAUAGCUGUUGUAUGGGCGAGAAUAAUAGUUUAUAUAUAA